AGCAGCUAGCCAGCCACAACUUAUCCAAAAGCAAGGUCUCCUAAAUCAAGAAUGGGUUCCAAAGCUCUCUUCUUUUUCUUUGCCAUCUUUUCUUUCUCACUAGUAACAUCAGCUUUUGCAGAAAAUGAAGAAGCUAAUGACCCAGCAGGUCUUGUUAUGAACUUCUACAAAGAUUCAUGUCCUCAAGCUGAAGACAUCAUCAAAGAACAAGUUAAGCUUCUCUACAAGCGCCACAAGAACACUGCUUUCUCUUGGCUCAGAAACAUCUUCCAUGACUGUGCUGUUCAGUCAUGUGAUGCUUCACUACUGCUGGACUCAACAAGAAGGAGCUUAUCUGAGAAGGAAACUGACAGGAGCUUUGGACUGAGGAACUUUAGGUACCUUGACACCAUCAAAGAAGCUGUGGAGAGAGAGUGCCCUGGAGUUGUUUCUUGUGCAGAUAUCCUUGUUUUGUCUGGUAGAGAUGGCAUUGUUUCGCUUGGAGGGCCUUACAUCCCUCUAAAGACCGGAAGAAGAGAUGGGAGGAAGAGCAGAGCAGAAGUGCUAGAGCAAUACCUACCAGAUCACAAUGAGAGCAUGUCAGUUGUACUAGAGAGGUUUGGAUCUAUUGGUAUUGACACCCCCGGAGUUGUUGCCUUGCUAGGUGCUCACAGUGUGGGUCGAACCCACUGUGUCAAAUUGGUUCACCGAUUGUACCCAGAGGUGGACCCUGUGCUUAACCCUGACCAUGUUGAGCACAUGCUCCACAAGUGCCCGGACUCGAUCCCCGACCCGAAAGCAGUCCAAUAUGUGAGGAAUGACAGGGGCACACCCAUGGUACUAGACAACAACUACUACAGAAACAUAUUGGACAACAAAGGGUUGUUGAUAGUGGAUCACCAACUAGCCACAGACAAGAGGACUAAGCCUUACGUGAAGAAAAUGGCAAAGAGCCAAGACUACUUCUUCAAGGAGUUUGGAAGAGCCAUCACUAUUCUGUCUGAGAACAACCCUCUCACUGGCACUCAGGGUGAGAUCAGAUUGCAAUGCAAUGUUGCCAACAAGCACCACUAGAUGAAGAAGCUUUGUGAAUCACUAAGUCUCACUCUCAUUAUGCGAAGAGAGUGAAGAAGAGUGACUAAAUAAGAUGGUUAUUUAUUUUUAUUUUUAUUUUUAUUUUUAUUUUUCUAAAUGGGGGGUUUGCUUUUUGGAGAAGCGUUAUGUAUUCAGAAAAACUAUUCAGAAAAUUGUUCAAAAUUUGAAAUAUGCGGUCUUGUUGUAGGGUCACACCUAUAAUGAAUCUGAUCCGUAAAUUUUAAAUUAUGAGCACUUUUCUAAGUUUUUUUUGGAUAUGUAAUAGUGUUGCUGAAUGGGUUGAAGAUGGUGGUGACAAUGUCGGUAGUAUGUAAUGUUUUCAUUGUAGUUUUCUCCUUGUGAUGUUAAUGUUGGCAUGGAUGUAUCUAAGGAUGGUGGUGAUUGUGUGUAAAGCUUGAAUUGUAAUGAUGAAAGUUGAUGAUGAUUCAUGCCUGUAAUGCACUCUCUUUCAUGAUGUUAA